GGCCUCUAGAAAGACCAUCGUCACAUCACAUUGCUGGGUAGAAUUUGUUACCGUCAACACGUUCGUAAAUCUCAGCACAAAGAAACCCAAAACCAACCGAAGAAGAAGAAGAAGAGGAGCAACAGAGAGAAAGGCAUGGAUUUAUGGCUCAAAGCUCGAAGCUUCGCGGAAGAAGCCGCGAAGCGAUCCCAAGAACUAACCAUUGGAACCACUAAAAUCUCCGAUAUCGUCUCCGAAACGGCGAAGAGAUCAAAGGAGAUUGCCUCAGAAACGGCUAAGAGAUCUAAGGAGAUUGCCUCGGAAACGGCAAAGCGAUCAAAAGAAAUUGCCGUGGAGGCUUCAAAGAGAGCCGACCAGAUCAAGAUUGAAGCCCUUAAAGGAGCCGACAAGAUCAAGUUGCUCGCGGAUGGGAUCUCUCCGUCCGUUCGUUCCUCGCCGGAGACAGAGGCUUCGGAUCUGGAGAAGUUCGGUGUUACUGAUGAGUUGGGGGAGUUCGUGAAGGGAAUUACUAUGAAUACAUUUCAGGAUUUCCCUUUGGAAGAUGAUACAGAGAUGUCUGAUGUGCCAACAGUCUCAAAUGUUCGGCAGGAUCUUACACAAUGGCAAGAAAGGCAUGCCAAUCUUGUUCUCUCAACAGUCAAGGAAGUUUCAAAGCUAAGAUAUGAGUUAUGCCCACGUUUUAUGAAAGAAAGGAAGUUCUGGAGGAUAUAUUUCAUAUUAGUGAACAGUCAUGUGGCUCCGUAUGAGAAGCAGUACAUGGAGGAUGUAAAGCAAAAGUCUGCAGAAGAAGAAAAAGAAGAUAAUGUGAAGGAAAUUCCAAAAGCUGGAACAACUGUUAAAGUAGAGGCAAAGGAAUCAAACAAGCAAAGCAGAACUUCAACCUCAUCUGCUACAGAACAGGACUUGGAUGUAUUUCUCCUGGGAGAUCUUGGAGACAGUGAUGAGGGCCCAGAUGAUGGUGAUGAAGGCUAUGGUGAUGAAGGCUUUGACGACGAUUUUGACAAGAUAGUGAAUAGUUCGGUAAGCUCAAUAACUCUUCCUUUUUUUUACACACCCCAUGAUACGGCACCAUUGGUUUUUUUUUUUUUAAUACCAAUCUCCUAUCCUGUUCUGCAAAUUGUAUGAGAUGGCACUAGGGCAGUCCAUAGUCUGGAGGUUUCAAACCCAAUCUAAAAGCAGAUUAGUUGCAUAGUAUCUGAAGUUUAUCCAAGUCCUGUAGCCCACCAACGUAGCUCAGUUUGUUAGGUCAAAUGCUGGGAGGUGUGGUCCUAGUAAGAGGCACAUGGUCUCAUGUUCGAAUCCAGCCACUGAUGAUACCUUGAUUUACCUGAUGUUGGUUGUUGCGGUCACUAUCAUCACCCAGAGAUUUGGGUCCUCAUGGAGUGUCCUAAGGGCUUGACUAUGGAAGGUUCCUCGGUUAUCAAAAUUUUUUUUAUCAAAGUCCUGUGUAUCUUGUCACUGUGAAAUUAGAUUCAAGUAGCUUCAUUUGCUGCAAUGCAAAUUUUAAAUAAUUAUGUGAGCCCCUGCAAUCCAUGGGACUGAGCUCUGAUUGAGCCUUUUGUAUCUCACAUCCAUUCCUUUAUUGUGGGUCCAUGGGUCUUGUCUGGCCAGUCCAUUUGAAUAGAUUUUCAAUUAGUAUUUUAAAUAUAGGAUAUCCAGUUCCCACAAAUGUUGAUCUCUCUGCCUUCCCUGGGCAUCAUAGUCUAAUCAAAGGUGAAGUUGGAGAAACUCAGUACUAGCCAAGUGUGGAGAAACUUUUCUUUUAUUUUCUGACCAGAAAUAAUUUGGUAUGAGAAAACAGAGAGUUUCUUUCUGAAUUGGCCUCCAUAUGAUUUCAUUCCGUAUUUCUGGAGACUGAUUUCAUGCUAUUUGUGGAGAAUGAAUUGUGGAAAGACAGCAUAUAGUAAAGUGCUUUCUCAACUCAAUGUUGUACAAUUUGGAAAACGUUUGUGGAUAGCAAGAAUUUAUGUAAUCAACCAAAGUUAGUCAACACAUUAGUAAGAGAAGAAAAAAAAGACAAAAAUCUGAGAAAAUUAUGAAGCCAUGUAUAUAGGUUGCUGUGAGCAAAUAUUAAAUGUUUUUGUUCGCAUACAACCACAUGACAAACUUCCUGGAUAUGUCUAAAUUUGAUCAGAUUCUACUCGAGUGACAGGCAUAGGCGAUACCUGAAAGCAUGUUCAAUGCUGGUUUUCAACAUCCUCGAUUCAUUAAUUUUGCAUGUUACUAAUUUUUUCUCAAAUUAAAUUUGCAGGAUGAUGAAAAGGAGAAAUUGUAAAAGUAUGCAA